AUGAUGUGCUCGUCUGCAAAUGUUACCGAACGUCGAUUUAUCACACGCAAGGAGUACCUUGUAUUAUUCAACAUGGGUGUUGAUUGCUAUUUUUCUGUCGGAGGCCGGCUCAUCAAUCACCCAAGCGAUGUAGAGGAUGAAGAGACUCUUGUUCAGGUUCACCCUCGCCUGCGAGGUGGAAAAGGCGGUUUUGGAUCUAUGCUGCGUGCUAUUGGUAACCAAAUUGAAAAGACGAACAACCACGAUAUGUGCAGAGACCUUUCUGGUCGUCGAAUGCGUGAUGUGAAUGCAGAAGCCAAACUCAAGGAGUGGUAUGCUAAAGCGGGAGAACGUGAACGCGCCAAGGUGGAUCGUUACCUUGAAAAACAGCGACGCCGCCGCGAGGCAUUGGAUAAGGGUCUUCUUCAUGACCACAAAUUCAACGAUCCGGAUUUUGCAAAGCGCAAAGAACACAUUUCUGCUGAACUUCAGGAUGCUGUGGAGGCAAUGCUAUCACAAGUUGUCGCUGAUGCCGCCUCCUCUGAACCCGCCAAAAAGAAGGCAAAAUUAUGGAUCGAACAACUUGAUGAGGAUGUUUCUUCAAGUAACGAUGAUGGUAGCGAUGGUAAUGAUUCUGAUGAUUCAUCCCCUCUGGAUCUGACGGAGAAGGAAGAUCACAUAGCUCCUUCAUUGGAGUCGAUAGCGAAUUCGGAAACCAAUCUUGAAUUUGUUUCCAACAAAGAAAAUGAUGAAAAGGUGACAGAACAGGUAGUUUUAACUGAGGAAGUUCUUGCUGAGUCGCAAAAUGAGGGAAAUGUGACCAUGACAAGCGAGAAAGAAGUUUCACCUGUAACAGGGAGGCCUUCGGAGGCUGUUUCUAUAACGGAUUCAGUGUUAGAUGCAGCUUCUUCGGCAGUAGAGUUGGAGUCGUAUGGUUUGGAGGUGCUGAAGCAAGCGCUUUCGUGUCGGGGAUUGAAAUGCGGUGGUACCCUUUCAGAACGCGCGAACAGACUUUUCUCAGUGCGUGGACUUGAUCCCUCCCAGUAUCCCGCAAAAAUACUGGCAAAGCCCUCAAGGAAAUGA